CCAUAUUGGAUCGACAUUAUACGGAAGAGGGAACGGUGCUCCGGAUGACGACGGUACCUGGGCCGCUGUAGUCUAUUCACUAAACACCCGAGCUAGCUGCUACAUGGUGGACAACGAGUAAUUGUGUCCAACAUCUCGGGCGGCGUAGUCCGAGGCGUGUUGUUCUCGGCGUUGUUCGGUUGUCGGCAGACAUGACUUCCUUGGUCCAGCGGAGUUCGGGCCUCGUGCAGAGGCGGACCGAAGCCUCGCGCUGCGCCGUCGACAAAGAGCGUCCGUCGGGCGAAGAGGACGAAGAGCCUCGGCGGGGAGACGAGCACGACGAUGACGAUACCGGAGACUCGAAAGAAACACGCCUCACCUUGAUGGAAGAGGUGUUGUUGUUGGGACUGAAGGACCGAGAGGGCUACACCUCGUUCUGGAACGACUGCAUUUCGUCGGGGUUGCGAGGCUGCAUGCUGAUUGAGCUGGCCUUGCGAGGACGUCUUCAGCUGGAGGCUUGUGGCAUGAGGAGGAAAAGUCUACUGGCCAGGAAGGUGAUUUGUAAGUCGGACGCUCAAACAGGCGACGUGCUCCUGGAUGAAGCCCUGAAACACAUCAAAGACACCCAGCCCCCGGAGACGGUGCAGAGCUGGAUCGAGCUGCUCAGCGGAGAGACGUGGAACCCGCUGAAGCUUCACUACCAGCUGCGGAACGUCAGAGAGCGGCUGGCCAAAAACCUGGUGGAGAAAGGAGUCCUCACUACGGAGAAGCAGAACUUCCUGCUCUUCGACAUGACCACACACCCGCUGACCAACAACAACAUCAAGCAGCGGCUCAUCAAGCGGGUGCAGGAGGCCGUGCUGGACCGGUGGGUGAACGACGCGCAGCGCAUGGACAAGCGGCUGCUGGCGCUCAUCUUCCUGGCCCACUCGUCCGACGUGCUGGAGAACGCCUUCGCGCCACUGCUGGACGACCAGUACGACCUGGCCAUGAAGAGGGUGCGCCAGCUGAUGGAGUUGGAGCCCGAGGGCGAGAGCAUGAAGGCUAACGCCAACGAGCUGCUGUGGGCCGUGGUGGCCGCCUUCACCAAAUGAGGCCGCCGUGGCGUUCUGAAGUAUCGUUGUACUUUUGGGGGGAGAAUCUGAGCACCGGGCCCGGCUCGGUGAUGGGACUGAGUACAGUGGACCCCUGCCUGGCCCCCCUCUUUUCUUACCCAUUAUCUUUUUUUCCUUCCUGAUGAAUGUCCCCGCCCCUCUCAUGUGUGUUCACCUUUGCUAACGGAAAGAAAGAGCAACUCACUUGGAACUUUGAGAGAAGUGGUUGGGGGGAGAUUCAUUUCUUUUUACUUUUGAUUGGGUAUCUCUUUGAAACUGUUGUCUAAAAAGCUACGCACAUGGUCUAACGCCUGAGGAUGAAGCCGUGAUGGACACGUACGUGUCAGCUGAUACUCCUGUCCAUGGAGACGGGGUGGCGACGUGUCUUUUUAAUAGUCCGAGGACUCUGGAGGAAGGCAAGUCUGAGUGCAUCUCUAAAUCCAUAGUACAUGUACAUCUACAUUUAACCAUGAAUAGAUUUACACGUAUAAGUGCAGGGGGGGGGGGCAUUCUGGACAAGUCACCAGUAUCUCUCUGGCUGGACACACAGAGACAGUUUCCUGUUCACCAGACCUGCAUGUCUCCAGAAUGUGAAGGUAAACCCCCCCCAUCCCCUCCGGCCUGAAGGAUGCGUUGGAAGAUGGGUGUUUUUUUGUCCCAGGGACGAUACGGCUGCACAUGCAUGGACCGUGGGGAAAAUAUGAACUCGCGACCUGUCACCCUCAUAACGUAGCUCCAUUGAUUUUUUUUUUGGGGGGGGGGGAGAGAAAAAAGAAAGGGAAGCCGAAAUAUGCAGAGCAUCAUUAGACAGCCCUUUUGAGGGCGAGUAAAAAUAGUAUAACUAAUCUGCUAUGGGCAAAUUGAUGGGUGAUACAAAAAUGAUGGAAGGAAAAAUAAAGAUAUUAAUGAAUCUGUCAUAAA